GUUGAAGUACAGGAGCGCCAGAACACGGACCAUGUCUCGAAUCAACAUGGCCCUUAGCGCUAUCCUGGUACUUACCUGCCUUGCCAGUGCCAACGCAUGGGGCGGUCUCUUCAAUCGCUUCAGCUCUGAUAUGCUGGCCAACCUGGGCUAUGGACGCGGACCGUACCGCCAUUAUCCUUAUGGACAGGUGGACCCAGAGGAAGUGUACGCCGAAACGCUGGAAGGCAACCGCAUAGAUGACGUCAUCGACGAACCGGCUCAUUGCUACAGCUCCCCCUGUGCUACCAACGGUGAUUGCUGCCGCGGUCUUCUGUGCCUGGAAACUGCCCUCCUGCUGCCAGCAGCCAUCAUCAGUCCAUCUGGCCAGAGGGCGUCCUACACUAUGUUUGCCGAGCCAUGGUCUCCAUUCAAGGACUCGCUUCCCCCAUCGUAA